UUGAUAAAACAAUAAUCUCCAAAGAUUUUCUAAGCAAACUAUGCAACGAUAUGGUUCCAUCAAGUUUUAAGUCUAUUUCUGAAAUCAAUUAUACAGAAUUGAACUUAAUUUCUGUUCGUCUUAUUGGAUGUUACGGAAAUCGCCAUUUAAUUGCAAAACUCUUAUUGAAUUUAAAGAUUGUUGAUCAAGAAAUAUAUGACUUGCUUACACCCUCACGGCCUUUUAUCGAUGACUCAAAUAAACCUUUUUUACGUCCUGGUAUUUACUUACUGGUUUUGAAUCCAGAUUUCGGUUUAGUUAUUCAUUGGCCUGAAGUAGGAUGUUAUGAGGAAAAUGCUCCUUCACAAUGUAAAAAGAAUAUGACUAACCUACAUAGAUAUUUGACAAAGGUUACUGAACAUCAACUUUGUCUUAUGAGUAAAGAUGAUUUAGAAAGUUUCGAUUGGAGUUUAUACGAUACUGAUGAUGAUUCAGACGAUGAAAAAGAGUAUAAUGAAUUUGAAGUCAAGAAAAGUCAGGAAGAAAAGGAGGACUUUAAAAUCCAUACCGGCUUUAAGGUGGAUUUAUCCAAUCAAAUAAAAGCCGAAAUAAAAAAUACUCGGGAAGGUGAUGAACCUUUGCAUCCUAUUGUUAUUGAAUCUGUUACAAAUCAAUCGUUUCUUACUCGGAGAUUAGUAAAGGAGACCUCGGAGAUGCAAAUGUUCACAGAUAUAUUUUCUGAAUCUAAAUUGUCACAAGAAUUUCAGUCCAAAUUACAAGGACGACGAUUAUAUAUUGAUCGUGAAAGAAUGUCCAUGAAAUCAUUAGAACUCUUUAUUAUACAUGGAUUAAAAAUGGAGGAUGUACUUUUGAGCCCGUUUAGAAAUCAUAUACAAGCUGCAAAAUCGCUAAAUGAGAAAAAGAUGAAUCAUGAAAUUGAUACUAUAGAAAUUGAUAGUGAAAUAAUUUCAAAGUUAGCAUCGAAAAAAAUUUGUGAUUGCUAUAGUUCUUUUGAAGAGUAUAAAGAAAAUAUUAUUGAUAUAAACGAUAAAGAUUUAGAAAGGAUUCGUUCAAAAUAUCCCGAUAAAGAAGGUCAAAUUGAUAAAUUAAUUAAAAUCGAUUCCAAAAAUUGGAAUAAAUUGAAAUGUCGAUAUAUUUUAACUUCAACAAUUAUUUUUGAUAUAUUGGAAAUGAAUGAAGAAUCUGCAAGACAUUUUAAAAAUAUAUUAUUUAUAGAUUUUGUACAUGAACUCAUUAAUUCAGAAAUUUUGGCUAAGAAGAAAUAUGUGACCAAAAAUCUGAAAGAUAAAAAUAUUUUACAAGACCUAAUUAGUUCCAAAAAUUUGUUAAAUAUUAAAUCUAUACAAGACCUUAUGAGUUUUAAAAAUAUAUCGGACGAAACAUUUAUACUAGAUCUUGUUAAUUCAUCGUUUCUUGGAGUAGACAAAAAAGAAUUAAUAAGUAUUUUCUUUGAAGAAUACAAAAAAUGGAAAGUUACCUUUUCUAAUGAAAUUAAAAAAAUCCUGCCAAAAGGUUCUCGCAUUCAACAAUUAUCACUUCAGUUAAAGAAAGAAUUUGCGCAAGAAAAACAAAACAUUGAAUCUCGUGAAUUUAAAAGGAUUUGCGAUGUAAUAGAAGAAAAAUAUCAAAAUAAUGGUGAUUGGUAUCGGUUUGAAAAUUCUUAUUUAUUCGAAUAUGAGCUUGAAAUAAGUAAAUCAAAGCAACUUCAAAUAACUAUUUGUGAGACUUCAUUAGAUCAAUCAAAUACCUUUCGUCUCCAUAAUGAAGUGUUAUUUAUUCCAAAUCCAAUUUUGCUUUCUUAUAAUAAUUAUUGUCAAUAUGGCGUUACUUUUCAAAUUGAUCCUGCAAUUUAUGAUUUCAGAAAAAUAUCUCAAUUUGAUAAUCGCAAAUUUCUUCUUGUGCUUUUCAAUAAAAAAAACCAAAAAAUUGAAAUAUUCUUUGACACCGCUCAACGCCUAGCAAAUAACUUCAAAUCAUAUCCAAUUAAAUAUUUUAAAACAUUGAAUAUAGAUGAAAAUAUAAUUAUUGCAGUUAAUGAGCCAAAAGAGCUAAUCGCUAUUUAUGAUACAAAAAAAGUUUUG